AUGAAAUAUGUGGCUUCGACGAAGUACUUCAUUUUUGUCAUUUCGAAUUCUGAUACAAAGGUUGAAGAUCAUUUUAAGCAUACCCAGAUUACUGUUCGAGAGCUCCCUUUCCGUAUACGUUUUGGAGAAUCGUCGAGAUGGGUGAAUUCUGAACUCUUCCGUAGGUGGUCUUUAUCUUGCUGUGGGAAACUGAUAGGCGAAUUCUUCGUGGUACCCUGUUCUAGAGAUGAAUUCAGAGUUUUAAAAACCGAUUUGCUCAACUUGAAAGAGAAAAUUUCAUCGAUUGAAUUACGAAUCAAACUAAUAGAAAAUAAAACCAACGCGUCGAAGAAUCAUGUAAUAUUACCAGAGCUGCAUUCGUACGUGAAAUCAGCAUGUUGCCUCGAAAAUGACACAAAUGCAGCUGUCUACAACGUGGAGAAUUCCCCGACAUCGGCAUUCGCUCCGCAGCAACAAGAUUUAGAUAAAAAAACUAGAAAUAUAAUCGAAGAGCUCAUGUGGGAAAGUACAUUGUCGAAAGCUGUGCUUCAAGUUCGAGAAAAUUUCAAAGAUGGGUACUCCAGGGAGAUGUUUCUACGUUACUCGUUCGAGUUGGUUUUAGAAAAAGAUGAACAAUAUCGCAAAAUGAUAGGUACCUUGUUUGGACACCUUCUUACACAAAACGUCAUCAAUCAAACCAAUAUUUUCAACUCGUUAUGCUCAGUUUUAAUGGUGAUCGAGAAUUCGAGCAAUUAUAAUACUCAAAUGUGGCAAAACCUGAGUGAAAUCUUACUACCUAUCAUUUUAGAAAGCCAUAUAAAACUUUUCCAAUUGCAACGUAAAGCUCAAGCGAUACUGAAACAGGAGUACUAUCGAGAGUUCAUCAACUACUUGGUAACUUCGAUAGAAGAAAAUAAAAAGCAGAAAUUGAAACCAGAUUCGAACAGAGCUCCUGUGAUUAAUCACGUAUCUCACACCGUACCCUUAAUUCCAUCUAAUGUUGAAAUUAUUAGAACUAAAUCAGCAGAAGAUACGAGGAACAAUACGAAAAUGAAUUUUGUAAACGCCAUGCAAGCUGAUUACGUCGACCCUACUAACUUAUACGACGACGACAGAUAUUCGAAAUGUAAAAUGUCGAUGGAUGCUGACGCAGCAGAGAAAGAAAACUGUAGGCAUGAUUUGGAGAACAUAUUGCAAGAUUUUUUAGACGACGAUAACAUGGACAACGCUGCUCGUAGGAUUGAAAAAUUACACAUCAAUUACGACGUUAAAACCAUCAUCGAAGAAUUAAUUUAUCUAGGCUUCGAGCGAGAAUCCGAAUACAGAUUGGCCAUCGGCGCUUUACUAAUCAGGAUCGUAUCGUGUGGUUUGACGGAUUUUAAACGAAUUCUAGCAACGGUUUCUAAUCACGCUAGGAGUGUCGAGAAAUUAAUCUUGAAUCCGAACACGAGAGCUAGUAUUUGCGCCACAUUCGCCGAUAUUUUAUCACCCUUAAUAGCUGCUGGUAAAAUCGACUUGAACCAGUUAACCAUCGUCGCUUCGACCAUUCUUCCUGAAGAAACCAAAACCAUAUUCCUCUUCGUGGUCGAGAAAAUAUUAACCGAUAGAAAUUUAACCACCAUCUCACAUCCUGUUAAACCGCAAUCUAAUUUAUUCAACGAUAAAGUACUGAAAAGGUUGCAAAAAUACUAUCUAGAAAAAGGCGAACGAUUGGAACCUACCAAUGGUCCAGUUACCAAUGGAGGAGCCGGAGCUGGUACUGGUGCCAACGAAUACAACAUCCCUAAACCUAGAAAACCACCUGGUUUGGUUAGAUUCGAUCCUCCGAAGAAUGAUCCAGUCAUCGAGAAACAAGAAAAACCACAAAAUACUGCAGAAUCAGCUGAACACGAUAAUUUCCUCAUGUUGAAACGUAAAAAAUUACUGAAAGAGAGAAUAGAAAACACCGGCGAUAAAAGUGAUAUUAAAAUAGAAGACUUGAUAGCAGAUCAAACCACCAAAAAGAAUCCAGAAGCAGAAGCCGGCGACGGGCAAGGUAAAAUUGCUGAUCCAGCAAAAACUGAAGCUGACCUACCACCUAUCAAGCAGCCUGAAAACUUGCCCUCUAGUGCUAUAAAAGAAAAAAUGGAAGAAAUUAUAGAGCAUUUGAUGGAUACUGGGAAUAUGGAUGAAUGCAUAGCUACGAUCAGAGAUACUUUUAACGAAUGCCAGACAGAUUUAGUAUUUAAAGCAGCUUUCGAGUAUACAAAAGGAAAAGAAUCCGGAUACCGAACCCAAUCUGGUACUUUGAUAGCUGAAGCAUUCAAACACGAUCCUAAACGAGUUGGUGCCCAAAUAAUGAAUACAAUUUCGCUCGAAUUAGGAGAUUUCGUCGAUUCGCCGGAUUUAUGGCAAGGCAUGGCUGAAAUCAUUUGCCCAUCGAUGCUCUUUGGUCUGAUUCGAUUUCAUGAUUUGAAAUUGCUUCCGAAGUAUUUCAAACAUACUCCGUAUUGUGCAUCUUUAUUAUCUGCAUUAUUUGGAGAAAUUUUACGCCAUAAAGGGCCAGAAUGGUUGGAAGAGAGUUGGAAAAGAUCGAAAGUAGAUUUGACCGCGUUCUUACCUAGCGAAUUGGUUUCUAAAUUUAUUGCCGAUAAUAAUUUGAAUUUUAUGUUUAAAGAUGGCCAAUCGACUCAUUAUAAAGAGAAUGCAUCGGAAACGUGAUUAUGUAAAUUUGUUAUCUAGUCGUAAAAAUUUUUUGUUAAUUUUGUUUUUAAAAUUUUAAUAAAAUUGAAAAAUAAUAAAAUUUAAUUUAAAAAUCAUAAUUUAGCGUUGAGAAUAAUGCAAACUUGUUUUGAAAAAUCGAUUGUUCGAUU